AUGGAUAAAGAAGUGAAAGGGAACAUCCAGACAAACCUUGGUGCUGUGACUCUGAAAACCAACCCAUACAUUGCCCAAAGAGGCGCUCAACAAUUGUCUGGCCACUGCAUAAGGCGGAAGAAACGUCUGGUUCUUGCCUACCUGCAGAGGCCAGCAUGGAAUGAAUGUCUCGAGGCCCACGUUCUACUGUUGAGAUUCAAACUUGGGCUCCUUUACUUGCAUCCUGAGCGUCUGCUGGAGCAGGUCACUCGCUGGGUCCUGCCCUUGACUGUUCACGUUGAGGCCGCCAGCCCGUGGUGGUCCGGGCCCACGCCUGUGGGAAUGGCUUCAGGAGGAGCAUCUCCACCGCUGGGCACGGAUGUGGUCAUGCACCCUGGGGCCUCACGGUCCUAUCCUCCACUCACUCCUGGCUCCCAACCCCAGCCGGCUUGGGCGCAGCCCCUGCCACCGCCCAUGGCCCCAUUACUCCUGCCCGGCAGCACCCUGUUGCAGCCAGCUCACCCCGGGACACCUCGGGGGGCUCCUGCUGACCAUGGCCCCAUUGCCCCAGGGAUUGGCAACAUCACGGUCCCAGUCUGGUCAGGAGGGAGGUCAGCAUCGCCCCACCAGACUCAGGCCUUUGGGCGUCCUCGGGCCCCACUCAAUAGGAAUGCUUCCAGGGCCCUCAGGGGGAGUGCCUUGUGUCCUGCCCCCCUUUGCAUAGCAACCCCUGCAGGGGACAGUGUUGUGGCCGCCCCGGCUGUUGCAGCAGCUCGGGCUGGCAAGGGAGGGUUGGCCCCAGGCCUUCCUCCUCAAGCUGCACCACCAGCUGCCCAGAUGGCCUUCAUCCUGCCCCCAGGGAGCUCUGGGCCAUGGCCACAUGGCACCUCUGGGGCAGGCAGCCUGCAUGCCUCCCAGCACAGGGGCCCUCGGGAGGACGCCUGUGACCAUAAGAGCGUCUAUCAGAACUUCCGACGCUGGCAGCGCUUCAAGUCCCUGGCCCGGAGCCACCUGCCCCAGAGCCCUGAUGCGGAAGCUCUCUCCUGCUUUCUCAUCCCAGUGCUUCGCACCCUGGCUCGCCUGAAGCCCACCAUGACGCUGGAGGAGGGAAUGCGGCGGGCCACGCAGGAAUGGCAGCACACGAGCAACUUUGAGAGGAUGCCCUUUUAUGAAAUGGCAGCAAAGUUCAUGGAAUUUGAGGCAGAGGAUGAGAUCCGGAUGGAGAACUUGUCAUGCACGAAGGGGGUGCAGGGCAUGCCUCCUCCAGCUCCACCAAAGCCGGCUCCUCAGGAACCCACAUCCCGCAAACUGGGCACUCGGCCAGUUAACCACCUUCCCACUGGAGGUCAAGGCAAAGGGGGCAUUGACCUUUCAACAAGAACAGCCCCUGAGGGGGGUCUCAGCGGCCCUCUCUCCCUCUGGGGUAUGAAUGUGGCCCGUUUGGAAACUGAUCACCCUCCUCCCUGUCUAAGGGGCCCCUGUGCAAUCUGCCUAACAUGUGUGCUGCACGAGGCUCUGGCUGGCCCUGACCCCGCCCACACCCAUGUCCAUGGCCCCCCCACCCCCAACACUGCCCUCCCCUCUACCUGCUCCGGGGUCAGCUUCUGGGUGCUGGAUCCCCUCACCUUCCCUUCCUCCUGCUCUGCCUCAGCCUGUGCUCCAAGGAAACACGGCCCCAGGGUCCAGCCCACACGCCCAAGGCCACGCAGAUCCCGGCAGCCGCUGGAGAACAAGGCCCUCAAGGAGAGCCCCCCUGAGGCUGUGAGAGAGUGUGGGGACAUCAUGGAGGCACUGGUGGGUCCUGGGCCCUCAGCCACGGGGGAGUCAGAUGCGGAAUGUGGAGAGGAGGGAAAUGACCUGGCGCAGGACGAGGACGGCACCUUCCCGGACCCGGAACUCCUCAGCUACAUUGACAAGCUGUGUUCCCAGGAGGACUUUGUCACCAAGGUGGAGGCGGUCAUUCACCCCCGAUUCCUGGCAGAAUUGCUUUCCCCAGAACCAGAGCUGGAUCUCUCGGCCCUGGCUGAGGAGCUGGAGCAGGAGGAAGGACUCUCCCCUGAAGAGCUGGUGCAGAAACGAGCCCUGGCCUCGAAGGAGGAGGACGGGGUGCCGGCCACCCCCAAUCACAGGGCACCCCAGCUGGACUCAAGCCCUUCCGAGUCUGCUGCCGGCCAAGAUGCCCAGAGGAACGAGCAAGGCCCACAGCCCGGGGCCAGAGAUGAAACCUGUACACCCCAGAUGGCUUUCCACGGCCAUCUAAGGCACCGCCAGACAGACAGGGGCCUGUUCAGGCACAAAGGCCCUGUGCCCUCUCCAGGACAUCAGGAGUCCCCUCAGUCUGGAACUGCACAGCCCUUUCCUCGCCAGGGCACAAAGCGCUCGGGCCCUCCAUCAGGACCCAGGGCAAAAAGGUUCUCAGGGAGGCCUCUCCGCCUAGCGGAGCCCCAGGGCCGGGUCAAGGGUUCAAGAAUGGGCCUCAGCCCAGGCCCCCCGGCAGCUGCCAAGUCUAGGAAGCGGGCUCUGUGUGGAGGCCCGGCCGCUGCUGAGAAGCUGCCCAGGCCUAGGGCUGACCUGCGAGGCUCUGGGAGGCCCGCCCUGGCUCUGGGGCUGGUUGGCCCUUCAGAGCCCCAAACGAGCAGGUGUGACCCAUCUGUCACAGGGAGGAGGAGGAAGUGGCACUGCAGCCAGGAGGGAACAGUGGGCCAGCCCAACAGGGCAGCCCCCAUGGAAGCCUUGGGCUCCUCCAGGUCCCAGCAACCAUCCUGGCUGACAUAG